AUGACCGUUCCCAGAGUCUUGUGUGUGGCUGAGAAGCCUGCCAUUGCCAAGGCUGUAAGCCAACAUCUUUCUGGAGGUUCCUUCCAAACCAUCCCCGUGCGUGGGAACCAAUAUGUGAAAAAUUAUGUGUUCGAUUUCAAUUUUGGCGGCUCUUGGGGCACCUGCGCCGUUACUAUGACUAGUGUUAUUGGACACUUGACGACCUUGGAAUUCGAACGGCAAUAUAAGGGCUGGCUAUCAUGCCCACCUGGUGCACUAUUCGAGGCUCCAGUGCAUAUAGCUGUGGACUCCGACAAAGCAGCCAUUGCAAAGAAUAUACAAGAGCAGGCGAAAUACUGCAAAGCUUUGUUUAUCUGGACUGACUGUGACCGAGAAGGGGAACAUAUCGGGACAGAGGUCCGAAAACAAGCAAAAGAAGGGAAUGCCCGAAUUAUCGUUAAACGGGCCAGGUUCAGCAAUACUGAGAAGGCUCACGUUCUCAAUGCGGCUCGAUCACUUAUUGAACUGGACGAUCUUCAAGCGAAUGCGGUAGCUGCCAGAAUAGAGCUAGAUCUUCGGAUCGGGGCUGCGUUCACUCGCUUGCAAACCCUUCAGCUGAAACAUAUGUCAGAGGCUCUGAGCGAGAAGAUUAUUAGCUAUGGAUCUUGUCAGUUUCCUACACUGGGGUUCGUUGUUGACCGUUAUCUGCGUGUGAAAAACUUCAAACCUGAAAGUUUCUGGGGCAUCAAGGUAAUGCAUACCCGCGACGGUAUCAAAGUGAAUUUCCUCUGGAGAAGGGUACACCUAUUCGAUAGGGCUGCAGUGACAGUGAUGCUAGAGCGUUGUCUCAUGGCUAAAGAGGCCGAAGUGACCAAAGUCAAUCAAAAGCCCACCAGCAAGUGGAGGCCUUUGCCGCUGACAACAGUAGACCUGCAAAUGAUGGGUAGUAGAUAUCUUCGCAUGGACAGUCAGAAAAUUAUGAAGGUCGCCGAAGCUCUUUAUACUAAAGGGUUCAUAAGUUACCCACGCACAGAAACAGACCAGUUUGAUAAAGGCAUCGAUCUGAAGAAAUUAAUUGAAAAGCAAUUCCCAGACACAAACUGGGGCCAGUACGCCCGAGGUCUUCUCGAUGGCGGAUAUAGAACCCCCAGAGCAGGCCGUCACAAUGAUCGCGCACACCCGCCCAUUCACCCUAUCUGCUGGGUUUCACCAACCGCAUUAAGCGCUGAUGAAAAGAAAGUCUAUGAGUUUGUUGUCCGACGCUUCUUGGCGUGCUGUUCUGAAGACGCAAAGGGUCAAACAUCCGAAGUCGAGAUCAAGUACGGCGACGAGAUGUUCCAUGCCAAAGGGCUCAUCGUCUUAGAGAGAAAUUAUCUUGACGUAUAUGUCUAUGACAAAUGGGAAAGCAGCCAACAGCUACCUAACUUCCAGAUGGGAGAGCGCUUUGAGCCUACGGAAGCCAAGAUCUUUGACGGCAAGACAACACCACCGAACUACCUGACCGAGCCUGAACUUAUCGGACUUAUGGAUGCCAACGGAAUUGGCACCGACGCUACUAUGGCAGAACACAUCGCCAAGAUCAAGGAGCGAGAGUAUGUUGCUGUUCAUUCGCGUGGAAGUGGGCGCAACGCGGUGAAGGAACUCAUCCCAACUCGCCUCGGCGUCGCGUUGGUAGAGGGCUACGACAAUGUUGUCGCCGGUCUCCCAGAUAGCCCUUCUCUCAGUAAACCCUUUCUUCGCAAAGAGAUGGAGCUUCGGAUGCGAGAGAUCUGCGCCGGGUCUAAGUCGCGAACGGAGGUUGUGCAGCAGAGUUUAGAGAUGUACCGGGAGGUCUUUAUACACACUCAGAGACGAAUCAGUAUGUUGAAGGGUGCGGUUCGAAAGUAUCUCAUUGAAGAGGUGGCGUCUUGA